AUGACCACCGGUCCUGCGCUCGACUCGGCCGUCGGCCGCAGUCGCCAGGACUCCUUCGUCAGCGCCGGGCCCAAGCCCAUCUCGAUGAUUAAUCCGAAUCGCGAACAGGCUAAUCGCGGUCGCCGAGAGAGCCUCGCAGGCAGUUUUGUGAACGGCGGUAUGAGUUGGGGUGGAGCCUCGGUUGGGAGUUUCAUUAGAGAUGACCUCGCUAUGACCGGGACCUCGCCGUACACUGGCGCGCAUCAAUCGCCUUCAUUUCACUCUAACUCGUACAUCCCGAAGAUGGAGGCCGAGUACUUGCGCAAUUUUGUGUGUUGCGACUUGAAGCUAGACACCAUGCACGACCUUCUCCGCCAUUACGAGACGGUUCAUACGGGCCAGAACGCCCAGCCGAACCGAAACGGCACCGGUGUGCAGAUGCCGCACAGACUUUCGAUCAAUAAUCGACCGUCUGUACCGACGGGCGCCGGAAGGCAGGACUCGCAAGGUUACCAACACCAAGGACAGAUGGGAUUCGGCCAACAGAAUAGGACGCUAGGAAGCAAUAUCGGCCCCAGUAUGACCUUUGGGGGGAUGCAGAUGGGAAGACAGUCAUCGACGUCGAUGGAUUCGAACGCUCAAAAACGGUCCCAGCAGCUCAACAGGAUGCAGUCUAACGACGAGAUGGAUGCUGUCGGUGAUAUGGAGAUGGAUGAUGCCGUCGGUAUGAUGGAAAUGGACGACAGCCAGCGGACCAUCCAGCAGACGAGACAGAUGUUUGGACAGCAGCAGAGACCCCAGCUUCAAUUGAGCAGCUCCGGAUUAUCGCAUCAGGCGCUUCGCUCGUCGCAACCGCCGACGCCCGGCGCACCCAACUACGGGUUCCAGAACAACCCGACGGUCUCGUCGGUCAACACGCCGACCCUGACGACGCAGCAGGCCGCGCUGGGCCAACAGAUGGGCGGAAGCAAGGAGGGUAUGGAGAUGGACUUCUCUUCCAUGAGCAACCUGAACCUCACCGGCAUGGGAAACUUUGAUGCCACCAGCCUAUCCGAGUUCUUCAUCGACGACCCGGCCAAGCGCCUAUAUAGCCCGAAUGGUGGGCCGGCAAACCAACGAGCGCUCCAGCAACAGAUGGCCCAGUUCGGAUUAGAUGCGAGCCAAUUCGGCAAUAUCACGGACCCGAAACACCUAGCAGCGCUUCAGCGAGCGAUCGCAAACCCGGGGUCUCUGGUAAUGCCUCCCGAGGAGGACAAACCGUUCAAGUGUCCGGUCAUAGGGUGCGAGAAGGCAUAUAAGAACCAGAAUGGCUUAAAGUAUCACAAGCAACACGGUCACCAGAACCAACAACUCCACGAGAAUGGGGACGGCUCAUUCUCCAUAGUCAACCCCGAAACGUCGGCACCCUAUCCGGGCGAGACUGGCAUGGAGAAGGAGAAGCCUCACAAGUGCGAAUACUGCCACAAGCGAUACAAGAACCUGAACGGCCUGAAAUAUCACAAGCAACACUCGUCGGCCUGCGAGAUCCAAGCCCAAGCAGCUAACAUCCGAGCGAACCUUGCCAACAGCCAGAUGUCCUUCAACAUGGCAGGUAUGAACCACGGGCUACCCGGAAUAGGCGAGGAGAUGCAGCUAUAG